AUGUUAGCUUCGCUCGUUCGCUUCGCAGACGACACGGCAGGCUUGGAAAAGACGCUGCGGCUUUUCCAGGGCUUCUGUACCUUGGCGGUGGGAUUCUCGGAACACUACUACUACGACUCGGCGGGAGAUGUCGAAUUCUACGUGCGGAUGCGGGGACAAUUCGCUCUGGGUAUGUAAUAAUAACAUUCCAAAAAAUAAUAUGCAUGCAUAUGAUGAGAGGAAAUGGAAAUUGUUAUGGGGGGAUGUUGAUUUGUUUGUUUGUUUGUUUGUUUGUUCUGUGCUGAUCAUGGAGAGGUAUUAUCCCUAUUAGGACGUCGAUACUUCCGUCUCCUCAAAUGGUAUCCCUGCUGGAGCAACGCGUACCGCUCCAUCGUUUUCAUCCAAAAUUCGGAAGACACGACGAAGCCGCCGCUGAGAACGGCGUUGGAAGUUUGCAAGGGGACGUUUCUGGGCUUGUAUUUCUUUCUGGAAAUGUUCACCAUCGUACGUAUAAACCAUAAAACCCCCCUCGAGUUCGUUUUGGUUGGAGGAGGGGGCAAGGGAAACGAAAGCUAAUGAUGAUUGAUCAAUCUGUGACAAGUAGAGUAAUGCAAUGGGCGCCACAUCCUUUUCCUGGGUUCCGAGGGUGCAGCAGGAAGCCAACAAGUGUUGGUUCUACGCCCUGGUCUUCUCCAUUCUGCUCUCGCUCUACGAACUCUGGACCAGUCCGGAGAAGGAGCGGUCUGCUACAAAGCUGUCUGCGACUCCGAGUAGCAGUAGUAGUAGCGGCUCCGUGACACCCAGCGGAGCACGAACACCCGUGGACGGCACGACGGACGAGAAGGAAUUCUCUGGCUCUAGUACCGACGUGGGAUCAGAAAGCGCCUCGACUGCCCCAAGCGUAGUCUCGACAAGUUCCACCAAGUCGGCAUCCAAACUCUACUCUCAGCUCCUCAUCGAUACCUGCGAUUUAUUCAUCCCCGGCGCGGCUGUGGGUUGGAUACCCGCGGGCCCCAUUGUGGUUGGAACGGCGAGUACCAUCUCCACCACCGUUGCCGGACGACAGAUUUGGAAGCGAGUCCAGCAGAAUGCGCAUCCGGCAUAG